CAUCAUCAGCAGCAGAUUAUCAGUCGAGAGUUUUUCGUGUUAGUUCAGUCGGACUUUCGAAAAUAAAAUGCAGUUUUCUUAGUGUUUGGUAGCUACUUUUUUCAUGUACUAAUUGUUCUUCUUCGGCAGACUUAUCUUACUGAAACUAGUUAAAUGCACGGCAAUCUAAUGUAGUGUGAAUCUUGUUUAUAACAAAAAAUGGUGAAAAUUUAGGGUGUGCUUAUGAGGGACAAGUUAAAUUCCCAUAUCCAUUUGGUGCCAUCGGACUCCUGAUGUUCUGACAAAAUUUGGCUGAACUAUUCUUGUAAUAACAGGCAAGCGAAUUAUUGUGCUAAAAAUAGUGAAAACAGAUUCAAUAUGCACGGUUCAAAAAAAUCCAUUUAGAGUGAUCCUAUGUCGUGAUUUUAUUGUAGCCCAAAACAGCUGAGAAAAGCAGCAGAAUCAAAAGGCAGUUCAAUUUGUUGUGUUAUACGCACUGCGAAAGCAGUAGAAAGUCUAAUAGAAUAUAAAACCUCCGAAAGUUCUGAAUUUGUGCUUCAGAAGUUUACAGUGCAACUACUGCUAGAGAGUGUUCGUAUAUUUUGAAUUUCGUGUUAGGCAAUUUGAGUAAAAAGAUGGAUGAGCUAUCAGAAGCGGAGUUGCGAUACUACAAUGACCUGUUCAAGAUUUGCAGCGAAUCAACGGAUAGUAGUGGGAAGAUUCCAGCGUUAAAGGCCACCUCACUUUUCCGUUCCGCUAAUCUUUCCAACGAAAUUAUCAACAAGAUAACGUCGCUAGUCGGUAUUCCACAAACCGCUCUGCAUCUUUCUCGACAACAAUUCUACGGCUGUCUGAAGCUAAUUGCAGCCUAUCAAGCAUCGGUUCCACUGCGUGAAGAAAUUCUCACAACUACACUAACGCUUCCCCUGCCGCAGUUUAGCUGGAUUGAAUCCCCGACGGCAUUGCCGCCAUCGUCAGGGGCUUUGUCAGGAGGUGCCGGCAUGACCAGCUCAAACAGUGCCAUAUCGGAACGAAACGGUUACGGAGGUCGAUCAGUAGAUUACAAGGAAAUGAAGCUUGGCAGAGACCUCAUCGAACUAACUACUACUAGCAGUAGUAGUAGUCGCGAAAGGGUCGACAACGUGUCAAACAGUGGCGAUAUGACCAACUCCGAUCAACCGAGUACAGACUCGGAGGUAGACCACAAUGAUGAUUCGAUGUUGCGGUCUGCUGAACGUCACCAUGUGAUAAAAGUGAAAGGACAUGGCGCUGGUCGGCUUGUUGGUGGUGGAACUGGUGGAAACAGUAGCGGUGUUGGCGGAUCACCCGAAGCGUGGAGCACCGCUAGUGAUAGCCCUACACCAACAAAUAGUGUUGCGGAGCGUCCCUGGGCAAACCAAGCACUUUGGCAAGGAUUGGUGUGCGAGGAACAAAGGCAGCUUCUCGGUACGGAGGAAGAAUCUUCCGACAAACAUAGCAGCGACGAUGAUCAGGAAACUGAUUUGGAGUACUUUUAUCAGAUUUCUCAAACGCAAAAAGAGUAUUAUUUGAAACAGUUUCGAUCCAUACAACCCGAUGUACAUGGUUUGGUUAGCGGACAAGUAGCGAGGGUAUUUUUCGAAAAAUCUCGUAUUCCAAUUGAGGAGCUUCGCCAUAUUUGGCAAAUGUGUGAUGUCACUCGUGAUGGGGCCCUGAAUUUGGCCGAGUUCACGGCAGCUAUGCAUCUGGUAGUUUUGCGCCGAAACAACAUUCCUGUUCCUGCUGCACUUCCUGCUUGUUUAAUGCCAAAUUUACUGCAAAGCUCACUGUUAUCCGGUACAAGCAACGUUCUGCAAAAUCAACAUAGCGGUGGGUCUGCGGGAGGAGUUAGUACGGGCAGCACAGGGGCUGGUACGGAAUCGACAAGCAGCAUCCGUGAGCGUGUCGGGCCUGAGGAAGCGGAUUUGCUCCAUCUAGAAAGUGAUGAUAAUACUGAUAAUGGUAUGCAAGUGAACAUCGACAAAAAAGAGUAUCAGCGAAUUUUGUCUCACCCGGAACCACUCAAACUAAAUCAUCAAUUAUCAGCGGUCGGUAGCUCGGCUACGACAACUUUGGUAUCGGUUAAUAGUUCCGAUAGUCCUCCAACCGUUUUAUCCACGGCAAAUAGUUCGAAAUUAAUAAACACAGUUAGCGGUAGAAAGACCCCAACCAAUCUUGCAUCUUCCCCUCAUCAUCCACAGAAAGUAAAACAUUCGAACGAACAGUCGGUGACGCCGCCGAAUAAUUUGAACAAAGAAUGGAAUGCUUCCAGUAAAGAAUGGACCAAGUUUACAGAAUCUCCAACAUCUAAUGUCUCUAGUCCCGGACCGAAACCGGUCAACUUUGAUAUGCAGCGUACGACGCAAGCAAUAGUUUCUGAUCCUCAAAUUUUACAUCCAGUGCCACUACGAGUUACACCUGUCGGUGCAGAAGCGGCUGACAAUAGUAAUCUAGUCUACAGUGACGUGACUGUUGGAACCGGUGGUAUCCUAAUCGUACAACGAGACGAUUCCAGUCCGAAGCAGCUAGCGCAACAGUUACAACAAUCAGUUCCCAAUCAACGGGAUUCGUUGACUAGUGGAGAUCUUCGUGCUAUACAGCGACCACAACCGAAAAAGCCUCCAUCGAAAGGAGUCGGUGCUAUCCCACCACCUCCACAACGGGAACCAAGCAUAACAUCUUCCAGUGGAUCGGCCGGAACAGCGGAGUCAAUGGCAACGUCACUCGAUACGGCCACCUUCAACAAUGUCAUCAACACGGCCGUUGUCCAGCCACCUUCGAGUAUCAUUACGAGCAGUGCUAGUAAGAAGGAUCAACCACCACCACCACUGCCACCUCCUCGGCCAGUUCAACAUCGUCACACUCGAAGCAGCAGCUUGGAUUUGAACAAGCUAAAACUCAAUACAGUAAAUGUAGCCAGUGCUGGAAUAUCAAAGCAGUUAGAAGACCAAUUACGAAUGCCACCUCCACCGGAGGUUCCACCACGCAUCACACCAACAUCCGAACAACCAUCAGCAGCGUCUGGGUUUGCAGAUUUCACGAAUUUUUCCAUUACGCCUAUUUCGGCUGGAAAUCAUAUGGUAACUGCCGAAAACAAUGUUACCACGAUACUUCUGGACGCCAGUGGAAACAUGACUACUGCCAGUCAUCACGCAGCGGCUGCCCGGGGAAACGUUACGAAUUCACUGAUCACCGGUCCACCCUCACUCCAGACAACAUCUCGCAAUAGCGCCUUUGAGGUGUACCGCAAACCACAGCAGCAGCAUUCUCGAGGAUCCCAGUCACCUCCACAUCCACCGCCACCACUGGUGUCCUCGCGAAGCGUUGAAUCCUCUUCACAGGAGAACGAGAAACGUAUUUCGACAUUAAGUGACAAUCUGCGCCAAGUGCGCUUCAAAAGUAACGAAUCUUCUAACGGUACUGAUGUACUGCGGCAUCUAAAGGAACAGAAUGUGCUUCUGCUUCGGAUAUGUGGCGAUUUAAGCGAGGAAUUGCUGCAAAUUCAACAGAAACGAGAAGAUAUUAAGAUUAAAAUUGAUCUGCAGGAACAACAUUUAGGCGCGAGUGCAAUGAUUGUCGCUAAUGACGGGCAAACUGGAACAGUCAUUGGACUUCGCAAUCACAUUGCAUGAGAUUAUCACGUAUAAUUGUUGACUUUUAAAUAUAAGCCGAAUGUGAAUGAUUCAUGUACUACCACAAUGGGGAUUUUGAAUUUGUCUUUGAUUCAAAUACGCUGCUGCAAAUAAAGCCUUUCCUUAUUAAAGAACACCCCCGCUUAGUAGAGAACCAAUCAAACAAAAUAAACAUUUUAAGCGUUGUUAACGAACUUUGUAGGUACUUCCCGCAGAAUUUUAAGAAUUAAUCAACGCAAAGAAUUCAACGUAAUAUUUCAAACAUCUAUCGAAGGAGCACUGAUUCAUUGCAUUGAAAACAAAAACAGAAUAGGACUCGUUGAAAACUUGUUUUUUUCUUUGUGAAAGUAGUUGUUUUCUAUCCGAUUAUUUUAAGAAAAUGUAUAUUAAAAAUUAUGAUUCUAUAUUUUAUACAGGUACUAAACCAACUGAAGAGAACAAUUACUAAGUGUGCUCGAAAAUCUAAUUUUUUAAUCUGAUACGAAAUAAUUGAUUGACCUAGUUGUACAACACGAAAUAUAUACACUCACAGUAGCAGCUGAAAGUUUAAACUACGUUGAUUGCAAGGAAUCGAAAGCGAUUCGACAAACGGAAAUAUUUCAAAAGUGUUGAUAGAGAGGUUGUUUAAUGAGCAUAACAAAUAAAACAGAGAUACUUAUUUUUAUAAAGAUGUAUAAACUAUUUAAACCUAUUUUUAAAUAAAAAACUACACUCAAACUUUUGAGUAAUUGUGAACAAAGUAUUAUGUUUAGGAACGAAUGAACGAGAAAUAUUCUAGUUCUAAAACGAGCAACAACGUAUGAUACGUACAAACAACCGAAGGCAAAUCAUUUCUUUGUCACACUGAUGAAAUGUUUGAAGAGAAAGCUAUCCACUGAGUGAGCAGCCAAGUAUCAAUUCGAAGAUGAAGUAGUCAAACGAAGGAAAAUGUGUACUAAUUAGCGGUUAUCAUCCUACAGUUUUGUCUUCUGUGAAAAUCUAUUGAAAAAAGACUAUAAAAGAUUUGAUAUAAUAAAUCCUGGAACGUAGUGCAGUCGGUAGUUUAAGUAUUAUGAAGAAUCUUUUGCAACUGGAUUGCCUAUCACCGUAAGCUGGAAUGAUGAAUGUAAAAUAAUCUGUUUACAAACGUUGUCAGAAAAUAUAUGGUAAGCAAAUUUGUGGA